AUGGAAUCCAAGAAUGCAAUUCAAGAAAAGAUUGAUCCAGAUCGCUGGAUUAUUCAGGUAAGGAAUAAUCUGCGGAUAGAGGGGGAAGAACAAGAAGAGUUAUGUGUCUCUGUGUUUAGUGUGCCCAAGGACCUAUUGGCAGCUAAGCCGGAAGCAUACACUCCACAGUGUGUUUCCAUUGGGCCAUAUCGCCACUGGAGAUCCGAGCUGAAUGAAAUGGAAAGAUACAAGCUCGCUGCUGCCCGGGCAUUCCAGAAAAUAAUUGAAGGCCACAGCUUCGAGUCCGUCGUCAAAGAGGUACGCAACUACGACCGCCGAAUUCGGAGCUGCUAUCACAAGUACCUCGACUAUAACGGCGAAGCCCUGGCAUGGCUCAUGGCUUUGGACGCCUGCUUUGUGUUGGAAUGCUUACACUUCUUGGCCAAGCCAGCUUACCAAGAUUCUUCAGAGGUAAUUCAGGUGGCAAAAUGUUUAGACCCAUUCGGCAGACGCGCUACCCACAACGCCAUAUUGAGAGAUGUGACGAUGCUGGAAAAUCAGGUGCCGCUGUUCCUCUUGCAGAAGCUGUUGGAGAUCCAGCUGGGUUCAAAAGACAUGGCAGAAGAGAGGCUCUCCAAUCUGGUAAGGCUUGCUUGUAUUCAAUUUUCUCCGUUUUUCUUCAACGUGCCCGACAGUUCAAGGCUGCGUAUAACACAGAGGAGUCACAUACUGGAGGCGCUCUAUUUCUCUCUUGGCAUGUCUGCGUGCAAAUGCGAUCUCAUCGGAAAGGGCAAUGAGGACGAGAAGCCGCCCUCGCCCGACCAAACAGGCGUGGCACAAGAAUACAGCUGUUUAUGGAAGGCUCUUACUUCGUUGGACAUUGGCCCCAUUCGAGAAUUCAGGAAGCGUGUGCUGAAACAUAGGGUCGUCCAGUUUCUAAUGAAGUUGCCCCUACACCUCCUGUCUGUUUUGGGUAAGCUGCCAGUGUUGCGCCUGUUUAAGGGUCACUUAACUUUUCUGUUUGGAUCCAACGAAACAGAGAAGGAAGAGGAAGGAAGCUCCUCUGUGGAGACUCCGCCUACACGGGACGAGCUGGACGUUCCGUCUGUUGCCGAUUUGUAUUCUGCGGGAGUGAAGUUCGUUCCCACUGAUGGUGACCUCACAACAAUUCGCUUCGAUCAGGCCACUGCUACUCUUUAUCUGCCCAAAGUAAGGUUGGACUCAAACAGAGAAGUAAUUAUCAGAAAUCUGGCAGCGUUUGAAGCUUCAGCGGUUCCGGGUACUUUGUUUUUUAUUCGCUACACCGAUUUCAUGAACGGCAUCAUCGACACAGACGAAGACGUCCGACUACUGAGAGAGAGUGGAAUCAUUUACAAUCAUCUGGAGAGCGACGGGAAAGUGGCAAGUCUGUGGAAUGGCAUGGGGAAAUGUGUGAAAUUGCCAAAAGUACAGUAUUUAGACAAAGUCAUUGCAGACCUGAAUAGCUAUUAUAAGUGGACAUGGAGCGUGGCGGUGGUGGAAUACGUGAGGAAAUACAUAUUCGGUUCAUGGCCGUGUCUGUCUUUACUGGCUGCGCUCAUUCUGUUGCUUCUCACAUGUUUCCAGGUAUUCUGCUCUAUAUCUAACUGUAAACGUUGGAUGAACGACACCAAUUUAUUUCAGGAGUAAUGGCGGAAGUCAUAUAAUUAGUCCCACCUCAAUGGAGUCAUUAAAUUAGAAAUCCAAAUAUUUACAUAAAAAAUUUAAACAGUAAUAGGUAUAAUUAAAGUUUAGGAAGCAAAAAUCUAAGGAGGUUUGUCACAAAAUCAUCUUUAGGAUGUCUUAA